ACGUCUCUGCCCCCACCGGCCACACCCGGUCCCCCGGCCUCGGGCCCCGGGCCCCGGGCCGGCUGCCAUGGCGGCCGGAGUGCUCAGAAACCCAGCCGACUUCUGGUUCCCCGCUCCCUUCUACCAACCCUUCCUGCACUGCACAGAGACAGACUUGGCAGACACCACGGAAGAGGAGGAAGAGGAGGAGGAAGAGGACGAGGAGGGGGAGAAUGAGGAAGAUGGGGAGGAGGAGGAGGAGGAGCUGGAAGGAGGCCGCGGCCUCGGCGGCGAGAACCCGGGGGAGACGUGGUCACCUGGCGGGGCCGAGGUGACCCUGCGGUUGCUCAGGUUCUCGGAGUUCAUCAGCGGCGACAUCCAGAGAUAUUUCGGCCGGAAGAGCGGAGGAGAGGCCCUGGACGCCGGCUGUGGGUCUCAGGGUGGAUGCCUGGUCCGCCUGGCUGGGGCGGAGCUAGACUCCACGCCCCUAGUGCCCACCGCCCCCGGGAGGGCCUGCCACGGGGAGGAUCCCCCCGCCCGCCUGCCACCCCGGGCUCCGAGGCCCGGGGAUGGCCCGGGGCGGCUGGGCCCUCUGGCGGACCUGUUCGAGUUCGGGCUGGGCUGCUCCGGCCCGCCCGAUGGCUCGGCUGGCCCCAACGGUGGCCGCCGGCUGAGGCUGGAGCGAAAGUACGGCCGCAUCCGGCCCAUGCGCAAGCGGGAGCUGCCUGCCUCGUUCUGGACUGAGCCGGCCCCGGCCCCAGCCCCCGGCGCCCUGGGCCUGCCCCAUGCCGACCCGCCCGACUUCAGCGACCUGCUGGCCACCUGGACAUCCGAUUCCGGCCACGAGCUGUCGGGGGGCAACACGCGGGAGCCAGGCAGACCGGCCGGAGAGGCGGAUCAGGUCAACGCUGCCUGAGAGGGCUUGGGCCGCUCCUCCAGGGCCUACUGGGCCCAGCAGGGGCGGCAACAGGGUGGUCGUUUCUGGGCCGAGGGCAGGCUCCUCCCUUGGUCCCACCCGGGUCGGGCCACCCGGCAGAACCCUCCGACCACCUACUGCGACGGGUCCAGUCCCAGGGGUGGGAGUCCCCCGGGGGGGCUCGGAGGCGAAAGAGGAAGGACAGCCCUGCUGAUUGAUGAGCAAACACUAUCUGUUGACUCCCCAGAUUAAGUGCCAGGGAAUCCUGCUUCCUCCUGAUGCCCGGGCAGGGUUUGAAGGGCACGUGGCUGCAGGGAGGAAGAGCGGGGACCCGGGGUGGGGACGGGGGAGCUCCAUAAAGCAGAUCCAGUGGUCAGGUCUCCAUCCUUCACUGCCGGGGUACGAGGCCCUGAGAGGCCCCAGCUGCUGCCCCGGGGCUGGGCCCAGAGACGACGGGGGACAGAGGGAGUCGGCCAGCCUCCAGCGGGACUCUGAGGACGGUGGAGCGUGAAGCACAAACCACCCCGACCCUCGGUCCAGCGCCGAGGGGUCCCGGGCCCAGGGAAGGUAGGAGGGGCCCCGGCCCCAGGCCCCAGCGGCCCCAUUAAUAAAGGUCCGUGGGUCCCUGGUGAUGGGCUGUUUUGAGUCAUUUUCCCUGGCUGUGGGCCUCGCCCCAGCGGUGAGCCAUGGACUCUUCCCUUCAGCCAGACCCCAGCUUCUGGGGGAUGGAGGUGAGGGUCCCUGAUCAGCCUCUGCUGGGGAGCAAGGUGCUCCAGCACCCCCCCAGUCCCCUUGGCCUGCACAGGCUGAGUCCUUCCUGGC